GCAGCAGCAGCAGAUGUUCUCCUGCAGCCUGGACGGACUCUGGACUCAGUAGAACUCUGUCUGAAGAUGGCAGCGCGCUGUGAAACCUAAUCUCUCCAUUAGAUGACAUUUUUAAUGCACUUGUGUGAUUUUUAGAAGUCAGAAGCAGCUAUGACGAGCUGCAGCAGCUGAGCGCUCCGCGGCUCUGCUUUCUCUGCUCUGGCUCUGAGCCUCACUGAGCAUGUCCGCUCUGUGGACCGUCCUGAUGUGCUGUGCGCUGCUCCACUGGGGCUCUGCGGCGCCACGGUCCGGACCUCAGCCUGACAGCAGGGCAGAGGACACCGGCACGCUGGAAGAGGAGCUGGAGGCUCAGGAGAGCAUCCUCUCUAAGCUGCUGGGUGAUUAUGACAAAGUGAAAGCCCUCUCAGAAGGCUCUGACUGUCGGUGUAAAUGUGUUGUCAGACCCCUGAGCAGGAGCGCCUGUCGGCGGAUAGAAGAAGGACGCGCCGCUGCGCAGGACUUCUACACCGUGGAGACCAUCACCUCCGGACCGGAGUGCAAGUGCGCCUGCGUCGCUCCUCCGUCAGCGGUGAACCCGUGCGAGGGAGAGUUCAGGCUAAAAAGGCUUAGGGAGGCUGGAAAAGAGAAUGUCAAGCUGUCCACCAUCCUGGAGCUGCUGGAGGGUUCCUUCUAUGGCAUGGAUCUGCUGAAGCUGCACUCGCUCACCAAUAAGCUCCUGGACCGAGUGGAGAACAUCGAAAAGGUGGUGUCCUUGAAUCAAACCGUGGAUGAGGUGAAGCCCCAGGACAGGCCUCCCGUCCAGGCAGACGUGACUCAGAGGCCACCUACUGCGCUUCCACAGCAGCAUCAGGAAGAAGACAAACCCAGUGAGGUCAGCAGAGUUGCAGCGUAUCAAAGCCCAGAGGAACAGUACGAAGGGAAGUUUAUGGCGGAAAAUCCACCCCUCCUCCAGACAGAUGGCUCCGGUCAAAUCACUGAGGUCAGACCUCAGGUGACUCCCAAAAAUGUGGCUAAUAAGGAGGCCUCUCAGGUGUCGAAGCCCGGCCCCAAUGGGAUGAUCAUCAGAGGGAUGACUUUCUAUAAAUCUGAGUCGGACCCGAUGGUGGCGGAUGAUGGGGAGCCUGGAGAGAACUUUUUUGAGUAUCAUGGAUUCAGUGGCGACGGCCCGGUCAACCUCUUCAUCGAGGAGAAUCUUCUUCAGCACAGAGCUCCUCGACCCAGGACCAGAGCAGGACCGAGAAUAUUCAGACCGAAGUCAACAGGUCCUCUGCAGGACUCUAAGAAGACCAGUCAAUCAGCAAAACCAAAAGAAUCCGAGCCCACGUCAAAAUCUUACGGGUCGAUUCACCCUUCCCCAGCGAGACGCGUCACAUCUGGACCAACUGCUGCAGCGCCUGAAAGCAGGAUGACAAACACUGAACCUCAGAGAACACAAAGAGUUGCUGAAGUCACCGAGUCGCCAAUCCUUCAGGUGGCCGAAUCAGAUGGUGCAUCUUUAAGCAAAACUACACUGACCACAGCCCAACCUUCAGAAAAUAGAGCCACAAAGGAACCUGUUCCAGCAUUCACAAACACCCCCACUGCUGUGUGGGGAACCUCUAACCCGGAGCUGAAAGACCAAAUGCAAACCUCACCUGGCAGCUCUACAGCCAAUCCAAGCUCUCUUUCACAAAGUCCAACAUCAGCAGCUCAAACUACCAGCCCAGCGUCUACUAGGAGCAUCACCACCCACGCUGGCCCGACCUCAGCACCAAAACCCCCCACAUCAGCGCCUCCCACUCAGGCUGCUCUUACAGCACCGCAGGAACACUCCGACGCCGCCGACUUUUCAGGCUCGACUGGGCUUCCAGCAGCUUUGCCUCCUGACACAACCACGACAGAAACAACUACUUCUUCAGCCACAACCUCGACCAGACAGGCGGCACAAGUCAAACGGAAGUACAAAAUCAGCUGGGAGGAGGAGCAACAGGUGAAGGAGCCACACCUGGAAUCAGACGAGCCAAUGCAAAGGCAGGAAGAAUCGGCUCCAAGGAAAUCUGAGGAAUGUAAGGACACUUUGGCAACAAUCUCCGAGCCAGUAACUCACAACACCUACGGCAGGAACGAGGGCGCCUGGAUGAAGGAUCCAAAAUCUGAUAAUGAGAAAAUUUACGUCACAAACUUCUAUUACGGAAACAACCUCCUGGAGUUCCGCAACCUGGAGGUUUUCAAACAAGGCCGAUUCACCAACUCCUACAAGCUUCCUUACAACUGGAUCGGCACCGGCCACGUGGUCUACGACGGCGCCUUCUAUUACAACCGAGCCUUCUCCCGAGACAUCAUCAAGUUCGACCUGCGGCAGCGUUACGUGGCCGCCUGGACCAUGCUGCACGACGCCCUGUUCGAGGAGUCGUCGUCGCCGUGGGAGUGGCGCAGUCACUCGCAAAUCGACUUCGCCGUGGACGAGAGCGGCCUGUGGAUCGUCUACCCGGCGCUGGACGACGAGGGCUUCCUGCAGGAGGUGGUCGUGCUGAGCCGACUGAACCCGUCGGACCUCAGCAUGCAGAGGGAGACCACGUGGAGAACCGGGCUCAGGAGGAACCACUUUGGGAACUGCUUCGUCAUAUGCGGCGUCCUCUACGCUGUUGACAGCUACAACCGAAGGGACGCCAACCUGGAAUACGCCUUCGACACGCACACGAGCACUCAGAUGAUCCCCAGGAUGCCCUUCAUCAACAACUACACCUACACCACGCAGAUUGACUACAAUCCCAAAGAGGGUGUUUUGUACGCGUGGGACAACGGACACCAGGUCACGUACAGCAUUAAGCUGGCCUACGUGGACCCCUUUUAGUUUUCAUGGAUUGUAGAUCAGUCCACGUGGCCUUCGGUUUGGAGAUAAAUGGCGGCCAAAUGUACAAACAUACGUCAGUAUAUUGUGUUAAAAUUGUUACCAAUAUUUUUUUAUUUGUAGCUAAAACGAAUGAGCCUGAUCGGGUUGUACUGUACAGACUGCAAUGCUGCCAAACAAACGAGCUCAGAAUCAUCACACGUAGAAGUCAUAGAAGCUUACACUCUGAACAAGCCCAUCUUUCUGUUCACUACGCACCAUUUUAUUCAUGUUUCUCUGAGUCAUAUGCCACAGGCCCUUUGUCAUGUGAAAGCGCUUCGUCCCUCCACAUCAGCCUGCUUUGACAAGACUGCAAUAAAGUUCAGAAACACUCACGGAAAA